UUAUGAACAAUUCCUAUUGCCGGCACCCUGUCACUUUAUUUGGGUUAUUCAGUAUUGUCAAAGUUGCUACGGUAACUUCGUUCUUUAAUGGUGUAAUAUUAACAGAAGCCCCUGGAAUAUUCUAGUUGGCAUUGGGAAAUACCUGUCUUAUGCUGAUGUGUCCUAUUACUAGUAGUGCUACGACCCGGCAACACUUAGUAGUACCUAUACGUAUAUAAAAGGUUCAUGAACGAACGAUGGGUUAGUUGUCUUCUAGUGUCAAGUAGUAACAUGUAAUAAUCGACUUGGAGCUCACUGGUAACAUUCUUCCAGAAGGCUUAUCACAUGUGCAGAACAUAUCAGAAAAAUGGUCGCAAGAAAUUGGAUGCAACAUCACCCAGCCUUAGUAGCUGGCACUCUUCUAGGAGGAGCUUGUGCUGGGGCAGUAUUUUACCAUCGAAAAGCCAUAGGGAAGAUGGUUUGUUCUUGGAGGCUGUUGCGAUCUGUUUUGACAAGAAAUAGGAGCAUCCAUGUCAUCACCUCUAAGGAAGCUUGGAAUGAUGUCGAACCACUUCUGCUAAGUGAAGCAGAGCGUGAGGGUGCUGUAGGAUUUGAUUGUGAAUGGGUCCAUAUUCGAGGGAGGCGUCGUCCUGUUGCACUAUUGCAGGUGGCUACAUGUUCUGGCCUGUGUGUGUUGGUGCGACUGUCUCACUUAAAAUCCAGUAUUCCAGACUCUCUGAAGGCCUUUUUGGAAAAUGAAGCUAUCCUGAAAGUUGGUGUUGGACCCUUAGAAGAUAGCAGUUAUCUAAGUGCAGAUUACAAUUUAAUGGUACGAGGCUGUGUAGAUCUACGUCAUUUGUUGCUGCGUUGUCAAGAGUUGGAUCAAGCAGAUUGUGAUGACGCCAAUGUCAAGUCUGCAGGGGGUAUGGGUUUAAAUGCUUUGGCAGGAAGGUAUUUAGGACGCACCUUGGAUAAAGACUGGAGAGUGAGAGCAAGUGAUUGGGAAGCUGAUACCUUAACGAAACGCCAGGAAAAUUAUGCUGCUGAAGAUGCUUUAGUAGGCAUUCACAUUCUGAUGAUGAUGGUUGAAAAAUUGUGGACCCCUGUUUCUCCAAUAGUCUCUCUUUUACCUGGAUCUUUGUGGAAUCAACAUUUAAGUAAACAGAUCCUUCAGAUUUGUCGUGACUACUGCGAUGUUAAGUUUUCUUCUAAAAAGGACCAAGAAUCAGGUAAGAAGUGUCAUUUCAGUUUUAAUCUUAGUAUUACUGUGUCGAGUUCCAAGGAGUGUACUACAGUACCUAAUUUCUCAGUCAGUACUGAGUAUUCACUCUUCUCUUAAUCAUUGGAAACAGCUCUUAGACCAUUCCAACUAAGGCACUGAUUGAGC